AUGGCAGGUCACGACCCGAGGCGGUCUUCCAGGGCGCGAACCACUCAACCUCAAUCGCAAAUCUCGUCUACAACCUCGAGCACCUCAGGUCGGGCGGAUCGAAACCCUCGAUUCUUUAACAAAGGCGGCUCGCCUCAUAAAUCUGCCUCGACGGGUUCCUUGUCAUCUGAGCCACCGGAAGACACAAUCAUGGCGGAAGACACGCUUGGAACACGGCGGCGCACUCGUGGACAAGUCGAAGAGCGAGAGAGAACAGGGACAAAAAUGGAAAGAGUUGAAAUGUCCAAUGGGGACGAUGAUCUCCAGGAAGAGGACGAGGCAGUUCGCUGCAUUUGCGGGUUUGACGACUACCCAGGUCCUCCACCCUUUGACGAAGACACGAAGCAUGGCCUCAAAGACUCGGUGGAUAUCGAUCCGAUAUUUGCGACAGAUGUUACUGACGAUGCAGCUGGAUUCUUUGUGCAAUGCGACGUUUGCAAAGUUUGGCAGCACGGCGCCUGUGUUGGGAUUAUGACAGAAGAAUCAAGCCCCGAGGAGUACUUCUGUGAGCAGUGUCGAAAAGAUCUGCAUAGAAUUUUCACGGCGAGCAAUGGACAACGGUUUUCGCACUAUCUUCCGCUCAAAAGGUACUCGAGACAUUCGUCGACAGCUGUCUCGCUGAAUAAGGAUGGAACCAGAUCACCGCCGAAGGAAAGAGAGGGCCGGAAUGGACGAGGCUCUUCAGCGAGCCAAAACUCGAAGCGGAGGUCUACAAUGAACAGCCGAGAAGCCGGCUAUGAUGAGGCAGAGGCAUUGCGACGAGCGAUUGAAGCAAGCAAGGAAGAUGCAGCCCCUGAGCUGCCCGAAGGUGGCUCGAGACGACCGAAACGAGGAAGAAGCGAUAGCGAAGAGAAGCUGGAGGGCGCCAAGAGGCGGAGAACAAGCUCCCGGUCCGCAUCUCCAUCUCUCGACAAAGCUGCAGACGACUCGGACGAGGGCGGCGCGUUGACACGGAAUGGUGCAUCCAAGUCCAAGUCGCGCAGCAGCGCGGCUUUCCGUCAUCAGCGUGUCGAGAAACCGUCGGAACGAGAGGAGCUGGAGAGACUGCGGGCUGAGGCUGCAAACAAGCGAAAAGGGAGGGCGGAGCGUCGCCGAGCUGAAGAUUCAGAUCCUUCGGAAGAAUUGCCGCUGGCAGCUCGCGCGGCCGUGAGCAAGACGACGGCGACCGCGGGAGUGCCACGAACGACAACGACGAGCGCCACGGGGGAUGCCGCCCAUCCCCCAUCGGCAGUAGAACCCAUACCGAUAUCGCAGCAACCGUCCCCAGACACGGACACCACCGGCGCCGUGCCAGGGACGACCUCGACAACUUCGACGACGAGGAACGACAAGAAACGAUCGCAUAAAAAGAAGGGGCGUAACCAGUACACCAGGGACAGAGAAGGCAACGAUGAGGACUCGCCCGUGCGGUCCCAGUCCAGAGACUUACAAAAAGAGGAUCACCCACCUCCUCCAGCCGCCACCAAAGCGAGUGGCGAAGGUAGUAACACUACACACAGCAGAUCUCACGCUAAAGGAAAAGGCGGAAUGAGUAGCAAAAUCACCAUGACAGAGCUGAAGAGACGGGCAGGCAACAUACUAGAUUUCAUCUCACGAACACAGCUGGAGCUAGCAGGAGAGAUUGACGCGGCAACAGGCGAGACGAGCAUCAGCAACAGCAAAACAAGCGGCGGCAGUAGCUCCUCGGCUACGACCGAGAAGAAUAGUGCAAAUGACGCCGGGGAUGCGAUAGUAGCGCCAGCAGCGCUAGCAGCGCCUCCAGAAGAAAAUAAAAACGCCCCUGCUAUAUCCCGGUUCGAGGGCGAGUUCAAAGAUCUCAACUGCAUGGAAAUGAUGGACAGCCUGACCCGUCGCCUGGUCAAGUGGCAGCAAGAGUACGCCACAUGA